AUCAUCUCCCCACACUGAAGCAUCAUGCAGUCUAUAGUGUCUCUCUCCAUUCUAGCCCUGCUGCUUGGCUUCUCGCAAGCUUUCUAUCUCGACCAACCUGAGCAUGUGGACAUCACGUCAAGGAUUCUCACCAUCAACAACGGAUCCAGUGAACUGUUGUUGGAGGGAGACAUACUCUUGCCAAGAGGUAGGAAUGCUCUGGUCUGCAGCGACAGCAGCUGCUUUUGGAAGAAGUCCUCAAAUGGCCUAGUGGAGGUGCCUUACACAAUGAGCAGUGUUUUCUCUUUCUCUGACAGGACCGUAAUAGCCAAUGCCAUGGCCUCCUUCCACAGCAAAACCUGCAUUCGUUUCGUUCCCAGGACAAAUCAAACUUCCUACCUUAGCAUCGAGAGCAAAGAUGGAUGUUUCUCUAAUGUGGGCAGAUCAGGUGGUGCUCAGGUGGUUUCUCUCAGCAGGUUGGGUUGUGUUUACUAUGGCAUUGUCGAGCAUGAGCUGAACCAUGCACUUGGUUUCUACCACGAGCAUACUAGGAGUGACCGUGACAAGUACGUCAAAAUCAACUGGGAAAACAUCGACCCAACCACGCAGUCUAAUUUCGAGCUGAAAAACACCAACAACCUCAACACUCCGUACGACUACUCCUCUGUAAUGCACUAUGGAAGAACAGCUUUCUCCAUUAACGGGCUGGACACCAUCACUCCCAUUCCUGAUCCGUCAGUGAAUAUUGGACAGAGAAAGGAACUGUCCGCCAUCGACAUCCUGAGGAUCAACACCCUCUACAAGUGCUGA